AAAUUCUGUGAGAGUGAAGCCAAGCAAGAAGUAAACAUUUCGAAAUUGGUACGCUACUUUUGCCGCUAAACCCCGCUAAAAACCCUCCUCCCUCUCUCUCUCCGCCCCGUCGUUCACCCCGCAAUGUUCCCACUCUCCGCUCUCUUCGCCACCGCUCGCCGCCGCGUCCUCCCCACCCCAACCUCUCUCCACCACCCCAACCUCUUCUCAACCCAACCCCCACCGCCGUCCAUCGAAUACACCCUCUCCCACCCCAUCUACAUGAUAUGGGGCGCCAACACCGGCGUCGGCAAAACCCUAGUCUCCGCCGGCCUCGCCUCCUCCUUCCUUCUCUCUCCUCCCUCCCUCUCUCUUCCCCCCACCAGAAAAUUCAUCUACCUCAAACCCGUCCAAACCGGCUUCCCAUCCGACUCCGACUCCCGCUUCGUUUACAACAAAUUCUCCCAAUUCUUUCUCCAUGGUAUUAAAAACCCAUCCUAUACUGUUCUCGCUUCGAACCACGUCCUAAAUAUGUCGAUUUCAGCUGCUGAUAGUGUAUUAGCCCGGGGCUCUGACAGCGUGCCUGUUGUAGAAACUGGAGAGGGUGGGGAAUUGGAGAGUGGGUUUAGGGAUUUGGGGUUGUACGAGGAAAGUAAGUUAGGUGAGGAUGGGGCCGCGGCAGCGGAGUUGAUUUGUAAGACGAUGUACGGGUGGAGAGAGGCGGUUUCGGCUCAUUUGGCGGCAGAGAGGGAAGGGGCGGUGGUGGAGGAUUUGGAGGUGUUGGAGAUGUUGAAGAGGGGAUUGGGAAUCGGGUUGGAAGGAAGAGGAGGGUGUGAAGGUAGUGGUGACAAGGUCGGUGUUUUUAGUUUGGUGGAAACUGCUGGUGGUGUUGCUAGUCCAGGGCCAUCAGGUUCUCUUCAGUGCGACUUGUACCGGCCUUUCCGGUUACCUGCUAUUCUUGUUGGGGAUGGACGGCUUGGUGGGAUUUCGUCAACAAUAUCAGCUUAUGAAAGUUUAAAACUUCGCGGCUAUGAUGUUGUUGCUGUUGUUUUUGAAGAUCAUGGCCUUGUAAAUGAGGUUCCAUUGUUGUCUUACUUGAGAAAUAGGGUCCCUGUACUUGUGCUUCCACCUAUUCCGCAAGACAUGUCAGAUACAUUGAUGGAAUGGUUUGAUGAAGCUCAGACUGUAUUUGGUUGUCUCAAGGAAACAAUGAUUUCAGCUUAUAUUCAGAGAAUAGAGAGAUUACAUAGCAUGCCAAAGAUGGCACAAGAUAUAUUUUGGUGGCCGUUUACUCAACACAAACUUGUACCCGAAGAAGCAGUUACUAUAAUAGAUUCUCGUUGUGGCGAGAACUUUGCUGUUCCCAAGGUGUUAAAUAACAAUUUCAUCACGCAACAGUUUGAUGCAUGUGCAAGUUGGUGGACACAGGGGCCAGAUCUUACUUUACAGAUUGAACUUGCCAGAGAUAUGGGUUAUGCUGCUGCUAGAUUUGGUCAUGUAAUGUUUCCAGAGAAUGUUCAUGAACCUGCUUUAGAAUGUGCAGAACUUUUGCUUGAAGGCGUGGGUAAAGGAUGGGCUUCUCGAACAUUUUUUUCUGACAAUGGAUCGACAGCAAUUGAAAUUGCUUUGAAGAUGGCAUUCCGGAAAUUCUUGUUUGAUCAUGGGAUGCUUUUGGACCAUCCGAAAGCAAAGACGGGUGACAGAUGUAUUGAGCUCAAGGUCUUAGCUCUUCGAGGAUCUUAUCAUGGUGAUACAUUGGGUGCUAUGGAAGCACAAGCACCGUCAUCCUAUACAGGUUUCCUCCAGCAACCAUGGUAUACGGGAAGAGGGCUUUUUCUGGAUCCUCCCACAGUCUUUAUGGACAACGGAGUUUGGAAACUUUCUCUACCUGAAAGGAUACAUCCUGAAAACGUGAAUGUGGAAGAUAUGGGUGUUGAACUUUUGACAGCCUUUAGGUUGCGCGACGAACUAUUCUACAAGAGCAGGGAUGGGUCAAGUCUUGCUGCUUGUUAUUCAUCAUAUAUAUCACAAGCGUUAUCACUACAUUCCAGGAUGAGUGAAUUUAGCCAUAUUGGAGCAUUGAUUAUAGAACCAGUUAUACAAGGUUCGGGUGGAAUGCUGAUGGUUGAUCCACUUUUCCAACGUGUACUUGUUGAAGAAUGCCAAAGGAGAAAGAUUCCAGUCAUCUUCGAUGAGGUUUUUACUGGUUUCUGGCGUUUGGGAGUGGAGUCUGCUGCAGAACUACUUUGCUGUCAACCAGAUAUAGCUUGUUUUGCAAAGCUGAUGACUGGUGGGAUUGUACCAUUGGCAGCAACAUUGGCAACAGAUGCUGUGUUUAAUGCAUUUGUUGGAGAUUCAAAGCUUCAGGCUCUGUUGCAUGGCCACUCGUACACUGCGCAUGCUCUAGGAUGUACAGCAGCUGCUAAAUCCAUAAAAUGGUUUAAGGACUCUAAAACAAACAUCAAUUUAAUAUCUGAAGGAAGCUUGCUAAGGGAGUUAUGGGACAUGGAUCUAGUGCAACAGAUCUCAUUGCUUCGAACAGUCGAUAGAGUGGUUGCAUUGGGAACACUUUGUGCCCUAGAACUUCGAGCAGAAGGCUCUAAUGCUGGUUAUGCAUCUUUGUUUGCUAGAUCUCUUCUUCAAAACCUCCGUGAAGAUGGUAUUUAUGCGAGGCCUCUGGGAAACGUUAUAUACCUCAUGUGCGGGCCAUGCACGUCUCCUCAGACCUGCCGGCAACUACUGGGGAAACUUUACAGAAGACUUGAAGAAUUUGGCCGGGCCAAUGAAAACCUGAAAUCAUGUCAGGUUUAGUUCCGCUGCUGCUGCUCUCGAUUUCUCUAAAGAAUAUUUCCCUCCAGUUGUAGCUGCUCGCUUUUAGGUUUUCUUGAAGGGGUUAAGAUUGGGGAGGCACAAAUGAAUUGCUGUGUAAGCUGAUCAUUUCCAAGACCUGUCCAAAUUAUGGUUCCCUGAUUAAUAAUGAAUUGAAAUGGCUUAAAACUGAUCAUACCGCAAGGGAGGAACAUUGUUGCUGAUUUUAACUUGUUUAUCUCAGUUAUUAUGUCAACAAAUAGUGGACUCAUGAUAUAAUUCUCGACAAUUUGGGUUUUUUCAUGUGCCUAUAUAAGAAGGAAAUCGGUUUUU